AGAUUCAAUGGAUCAAACAAGCCAUCUGCACUCAGGAGAUGAUGAAGAACCAUCAGUCCUCAUUGGUCAGGUGCUGCUGAGGCUCUGGGAUGCUGCUGUCAUGGCAAUGUCACGUGCCCGACAGAGAGUUUUACAGGCUUUCGUUGUGUUCUCUGUUGUGCUGCUGCUCCUCUGGGUUGCCGCUUUUUUAUACGGGAGCUUCUACUACUCUUACAUGCCCAAGGCAGCUUAUUCCACUUCUGUGCACUAUUACUACAGGACAGACUGUGAAUCUUCAGCCUCUUUUUUGUGCUCUUAUCCAGUGGCUAACAUCUCUCUGAUGAGAAAUAAGAAACAUGUGUUGACAUUCGGCCAGGCAUAUCGGAUCUCUCUGCAGCUGGAGAUGCCUGAAUCCCCGACCAAUCAGGCUCUAGGGAUGUUCAUGAUUAAGACAACCUGUUUCUCAGAGGAUGGAGGGCAAGUUACCUCCUCUGCUCGCUCUGCAAGACAACUGUUGUCCGCCUCCAGCUCUCGCUUUAGUAUGCUGCGAUACCGCUCAAACCUGCUCAGGACAAUGGGAACAUUGCUGUUCCUCCCGGCAUUCCUGACUGGAACCGUAGAGCAGAAGCAAACACUGGAGGUGGAGCUCUUCUCAGACUACACCGACGACCCUUAUGCCCCUUCAGUCACAGCCAUCAUUGAGAUCCUGUCUAACAAGGUGCAGAUCUACUCAUCUCACCUCUACGUUCACGCUCAUUUCACCGGCAUAAGAUACAUCCUGUUCUACUACCCUUUCCUAUCAGCCCUGGUGGGCGUGUCCAGUAACUUUAUCUUCCUCAGUGUCCUCUUCAUCCUCAGCUACUUGAGACUGCUGUUGAAAGUGGAGUGGAGACCAGGGCAGCUCAGAACUGUUGGACCGCUAUUGGAGAGGGAAAAAAACACGGACAGCAGCCAGGAAGCGAAUGAAGAAGAUGCUGCUGCAAGUCCUACCGAGCUGCUGGGUCCCCUCCAGAUAACCCCCACAGAAAGGAGCCAGGAGGAACGCUAUAUUCAUUUUGGUGACAGCGGAGAGCAGCAGAACAGACACACACUCAGUGAGAGUGAAAUAAAUGAGUCAGAGGCAGCCUGAAGCCAUUCAUUAAGAGGAGGGAGAAAGUGU